GAGCUUUCCCUGCACCUUAGGACGAAAUGCGGCAAUAUUACACUGACACAGUCGUGCCGGUGCUGUCUAGGCCAGGCUGGACAUCAAUUUUCGCCGCCCCGCCCGCCCUGUCGUUCGCGGGCUUUCUACAUUCGUAUUCUCUUGUCUCCUCGCGGUCGUUCCUUGUGGAUGCAUACCACACACUUGCCAUGGUGCCCAUCGCCGACGCGUUCAACCAUACAGUUGAAAAUCACAUCCACCUCGAGAGCGAGUUCGACGUAUGCGUCAGCUGUGGUUCGCUCGCUCAGUGUCCUCACGAUCUGGAGGAAGACAACGAGAACGUGCCAAUAGGGAAGAAGGACCCAAGCAAUGCUCCAUCAACUCGAUAUCUUGACGCCGGGCCCAGAACACAGUGGCGGAGGACCGCACAGGCCAACGCAUGCCCCACUGCCGCAGCCGAGCCUGUUUUGAGGUUCGCACACCCGAACGACGACAUCAUUUUGCCGACACGGACGACCGAAGAAGCGGACACGUGCGACAUGGUCUCAAACCGCCUCAUCCCGGCGGGGGAAGAGGUGUUCAACACGUACGGCGAACAACUCACAAACGCGCAGCUGCUUGCACGGUACGGCUUCGCAUUGGACGGGAAUGAGAACGACAUUGUCGGCUUCGAAUGGGCGGACAUGCAAUCUGCUUUUGGGGCAGCGACUGAGCGUCUCGUCCUGGACCAGGCUACUCUGCUUCGCAACUACCAACGAGCCCUCGCGAUAUUCCCAAAACGCGAACGGUGGGGGGCUUCGAACCUCGUGUAUCAGCCUGAUAAUGGGUCAUCAGCGAUAUCAACACCCGAUCCUGUCGAUGGCGGUCUCGGACGGCACCAUGAACACGAUUGUGCCACGGUGCCCAUGGCCAUUAACAGCGACGCCAAAAUCUCGCAAGGGCUAUGGUUCUACUGCUCCAUGCUCGCCGUCGUGGACGCGCGGCGUGCGCAGGGUCAAGAAACCGACCCAUGCGAGGUGGCGGCGGUGGCUGAACGGCUCGCACGCAGCCAGCUCCUUUUCGAAGCGCGCCCGGAUAGUGCAAGCUGGGCUUCUUCCGAUGCAGAUACGUAUGACGAUGAGGAGCGUGGAGAUCCAUCGCGCUAUGAAGGCACGGAAGAGUUGGACAGGGUAUGUUUCGCUCACUGUUUGGCUGGUUUUCAUUUUCGCCUUGUGCUUCUAGCCUGUGUAUGGCGCAUGAUAUCAUGCUGCGCCUUCGCCUUCUACGUCUCAGUCUAA